AUGCCGACGCCCGAGUCCGCCGCCUUCCUCGAGAAGAAGCCCAAGGUGCCGCCGACGUUUGACGGCGUCGACUACAACGACAACGCCGCCCUCAAGGCUGCGCAGGAUGCGGUGCUGCGCGAGCAGUGGGUCAAGUCUAUGAUGGCGCGCCUGGUCCGCGAGGAGAUGUCCAAGUGCUACUACCGGGAGGGCGUCAACCACCUGGAGAAGUGCGGCCACCUGAGAGCCCCCUCGGUCUUCGUGGCGGAGGAGGAUGAGGACGAGGAGAAAGGUCCGAAGGAACGGACGGCACUGUGA